AAACCUGAUUGGCAUAUCUCUACUACUCAGUGUUUCUGCUUUUCAAUACACGUCCUUGUGUGUCCACAACAGAAAAAUUCAAACUCUCGGGCAGAGAAGUACGCAUUAUCUGGCUCAUCAAACGUGCUGCUGACGCCUUAGCAUGUAGUGUUUGCUCCCUCAGACCCUCCGCACGCCCAGCGGGCACAAUGUAAACUUCGCACAGAAGUGGUCGAUCUCACCAGAGACAUGGUGGACCGCAACAACGCCAACUUUCUACUGUGGCCGCCGUGCGAGGAAGUCCAGCGCUGCUCUGGCUGCUGUAGGGUCAGGAACACACAGUGCGUUUCCAAUGCCACAAACACCAGAAAUGUGGAGGUCACAAAGAUCGUGUUCAAUGAAAGACCCACUUUUGCUAAGGUUGUGGUGUCGGUCGUGGAUCACAUGGAUUGCACAUGUCAGCUUUCGCCAAGCCCCGCUCUGCUCAAGAAGAGAGACACUCACAGGCUGCACAGCCACCUGCAUCGACAUCAGAUCCUCGGCCCGGCACCGGCGCAAGGACAGGUACGAAUUUUACUCUGCGCGUUCUCCAUCAUCCGGAUUAAAGGUUUAACAUUAAUAACUAGGGUACAGAAUGCAUUAAUCAGUUUUACUGUAAUCUCUGAACAUCUGAUGUUAGCAUGAGCUCCUUUUCGCUGCUUCAG